AUGUCAUCUACCAGACGGAUCAUUCCGUAAGCAGCGAAAGAGUUACGAAGAGGUUCACGUGCCAGCCUUGAAACCGAAACCAUUUGAUGAUGGGGAGAAAUUGGUACCAAUAGUGGAAUUACCGAAGUACGCGCAACCGGCAUUCGAGGGUUAUAAGACACUCAAUAGAAUACAGUCGAAAUUAUGCGAUGCGGCGUUGAAGACUGACGAACAUUUGCUGUUGUGUGCGCCGACGGGAGCAGGCAAGACGAACGUGGCGUUGUUGUGUAUAUUGAGAGAGAUCUCGAAGCACAUGUCGGACGACGGCAAGGUUCGGGCGGAUGAGUUUAAGUGUAUUUAUAUAGCGCCGAUGAAGAGUCUCGUGCAGGAGAUGGUCGGCAACUUCACUAAGAGACUCGCGCCUUAUAAUAUUAAUGUAGGUGAGAUGACCGGAGACACGCAAAUGAAUAAAGAGCAGUUUAUGCAGACGCAGGUGAUAGUGUGUACACCUGAG